AUGAGUGCCCACAACCAAGCUUGGAGCAACUGUAAAGCUUUUUCAAAGCAAAUCGAAGCUCAAACUGAAUAUAAAACUCUUUUGGGUGCAUCAGUUAGUUGCAUGAGAUUUCUUUUGCGACAAGGGCUUCUGUUCUGUGGAGAUGAUGAAUAUGAAGAUUCAAACAACCAAGGAAUGUUUGCUGACCUUUUGAGAUUACGAUGUAAUUAUGAUGAGGAUAUAAAAGCUGUCACAUUGAACAAUGCUUCCUUAACCCUGAAGUUGACAUCAUCUGAUACUCAGAAGGACAUUGAAAUUGCUAUUUCGACGGAAAUCAUCAAUGCAAUCGUUGGAGAUAUUGGUGAUUCAUUAUUUUCCAUUCUUAUUGAUGAGCUUCAUGACAUGUCUUCACAGGAUCAGAUGGCUAUUGUAUUACGUUUUGUAGAUAAAGGUCAUGUAAUUGAGCGUUAUUUAGGUAUUGUGCAAGCUACCGACGACACCGCUGUCUCGCUUAAGGGGGCGAUUGAUGAUUUCUUUUCUACUCAUGGAUUAAGCAUGGCUAAGUUACGGGGGCAAGGUUAUGGUGGGACAAGUAAUAUGCAAGGUGAGUUGAAUAAUCUUAAGACACUUAUAGUGAAGGCGAAUGAGUGUGCAUUUUACGUCCAUUGCUUUGCUCAUGAUCUUCAUUCAACUCUUAUAGCCAUGUCAAAGAAUCAUUUAGAAAUUGUGGAUCUUUUUGCUUGGGUUGCUAAGGUGGUGAAUGUUGUUGGAGAAUUUGUUGAAUGUCGUGACACUCUUUGGGAGAAACAUGAUGUUUUAGUUUUUGAAGCACUCAAUACCAGCGAGCUUUUAAGUGAACAAGGUCUAAAUGAGGGCAGCUCCAAAUUUAAGAUUUUGAUAAGCUUGUUUACCAUGUUCUCAUCUGUGAUAGAUGUACUUGAGGUCAUAGCAGAGUUUGGAUUAGAUUCUGAACAGAAAUCUAAAGCACGGGUUCUAUUGGGUCCCCUCCAGUCAUUUGGUUUUAUUUUUAGUCUACAUAUGAUGAUAAACAUUUUGCGAAUCACAGAUGAUAUGCAAAUUCAAGAGCUAAAUGUUCGAUUCACUGAAAUGAAUACAGGGUUGCUUCUUUGUGUGGCAUGUUUGAAUCCGAGUGAUUCAUUCUCUGCUUUUGACAAACAAAAGUUGAUUUGUCUUGCUCAGUAUUAUCCAAAUGACUUUUCUACACUUGACUUAAUGAUACUUGAAGAUCAGCUUGAGAAGUACAUUAUGGACAUGCGUUCUAGCAUCGAGUUUUCAGGAUUGAACGGGAUCGCUGAUCUUGCACAAAAAAUGGUUGAGACAAAAAAAGACUCUGUUUUCCCAUUAGUUUACUUGCUGUUGACAUUGGCACUUAUCUUACCAGUUGCAACUCCCAGGAUAGAUAGGGUGUUUUCUGCUAUGAAUAUUGUGAAGAAUCGAUUACGCAACCGAAUGGAAGAUGAAAGGAUGAAGGAUAGAUUGAUUCCAUAUAUUGAGACAGACAUUCUUGAUAGUAUCGACGAUGAGUCCUCAGAAUUCUCAUAUGUCUGGCCACACAUUUGUGAUUCUGAGGGUUCUGCUCUUUGUGCAGACAAUAUGCAGGAGAUGCCAUUCAAGAUUGACAACGCCUGUAUUGGUGACAAGGCACAGAAACAGAGUGAAGUGACUCGGAAUGAACAAUUUAGGAGUGAGUUUUUCAAAGCUCAAUAA